AGAGCAGCACCGCGGCCUGUGGGGUCUGGCCCUCCCCGCGACCCCACCCCUCCGAGGGAGGGGGGGCGUUUCGGUCGCGCGCGCCCCGCGCGCGACUGGGGCGCCGCCAUGAGCCGGCCAGAGCACCAGGCGCCUCCAGAGAUCUUCUACAACGACCAGGAGGCGCAGAAGUACACCACGAACAGCCGCAUGAUGGAGAUCCAGACCACCAUGACGGAGGGCCCAUCUCGUGCUUCCCGGAGCGGCCCUGCCUCCUGCUGGACAUCGGCUGCGGCUCCGGCAUCAGCGGCCAGGCGUGCAGCGACGCUGGCCACGUCUGGAUCGGCUAUGACAUCUCGCCUUCCAUGCUCCGGUGCGCGAACGACGGGGAGUGCGAAGGCGGCCCCUGCAGAGCCCGCGCAGGACCACGCUUCCGGCCGGGCACCUUCGACGGCGCCGUGUCGAUUUCCGCCCUGCAGUGGCUCUGCAAUGUUGACAGGAAGGGGCAUGAGCCCUUCAGGCGGUUGAAGUUGUUUUUCGAGCGGCUGUUCAGCUGCCUGAGAAAGGGUGCGCGAGCGGCCCUGCAGUUCUAUCCGG